AUGACACGGACUGCCUACUGGAAAGCUUUGGCCGUCACCACUGCUACGACGUACCCCUACGCUCUUUUGGUGUCCAAGCUUUCGCGGAUACAGCUGAGCGAGUUCAAGCCGUGCUCUGCAAGGGCGUGCACCUUCAUCAAGAUCUUCGGAAGCGGCAUGGUGCCCACAACCUUUGAUCGGAGCUGGGAGGAUGUGUUCGCCGUGGUUCGCAACGGAGACACCAAUCACAGCAGGCUCAGCCACAACUUCCUGGAACCCCGUUGCCCGUCCUUCUCCUUGCGGCAGAUGCAGCAGGAAUGCAACGGAGAAGCAGCCCGACAUAGCAUAAUCAACCCGCUGCACAACUCUCGCUCCCGUCAUGCUUAUGUUUGGUGCAUCGGUGGCUGGUGGCUUUCCAAGAUCCUUCACGAUUGGCUGCUGCUUGCCGGAGCGCACGAGUACACAACUCUGCGAAUAGGCUUGGUGUCUACGUUUUUUCAUCUUCUGGCCGUGUGCGCCGCCUUCCUCUGGAGCAUGGGCGCUGUGGAGGUGUUCUUGUCUCCUAUGGGGAAUGGUGAGUGUGCUUGCUACUACGUCCUACCCGAGCUUGAAUCCAUAUUUGCCAUUGGCACGCCAUGCUUGCUGUUUAUCACGGCCGUACGGAAGUUGGAGAAUGUCCAUCGUGCCCCGCUCGUUGGCGACUACUUGUACUACCAGCAGUAUGAUGCACCCUACCGCCUGGUGAACAAAUCCAAUGGGGUGGGCACUGGAACUUUGCUCGUCAGCUCGGCAUGCGGCUAUCAUGCGGAGGCGUGGUAUGACCAGCUCAACAUUGAUCAGCUGCGAGGCGUCUAUGCCUGCCACCAGUUCCUGUGCUACGUGGUGUUUCUGGGAGCUGCGUGGCUGCGUGCUUGGCUCCAGCAGCCUAAUGUUGUCUCCAUUUGUGUUGGCAUCGGCAUCGGUCCGGUGUCCGCGAGAUCCAUCGAGCUGAUCCUGAACACGUCAGCCGGCGGCUGGGUCUUGAAUGUGCUGCUUGCUGUCGUCAUGGCCGCCAUUUGGUGCUUUCCAGCUUUCCUCAUUUUCCGACUGGUGCAGUCCCUGCCCAUCGACUGGAUGGCAAUGCGCCCGAGACCUGAGCUCUGGGAGUAUCACUCCCCCCGCAUGAACCUCACAGCGAGGGUGACUUGGGUUGUCUUUCUCGCUUCCUGCUUGAUUUGGGCUUCCUGGAUGUUGUCCUCUCCCAUGAUGGCCAAAAUCUGCAAUCAGUUCUACAUCUUCGGCUCGCGAGAAGCAUACCUGAGUGCGCUGGCUGGCAUCUUGUACUUUGCCUUUGGUGUGCAGAUGUUCGUGUGGAUCGUCUACCUGGUGCCUGCUCAUCGGGCCCUUUACGUUAAGGCUCGGAUGCCAUUUCGGCCCUCCGCGUAUGUGGAGAUUGGCAAUGCGCACCCUGAGUUCAACCUGGAGUCAGAGGUGGAGCUUGCUUACGAGUUCCUGAUGCUUGGCAGUCAUCAGCUAGCCCUAGGCCCUAUAGACUUGAGUGGCACGAACCCUAUAUCCCACACCCGGACUCAAAAAGCUCCUCAAGGACUCGGUGCCGAAGUGUCCUAUCGAAGGUUUCACUGGCUCGCUGUAUCUUACAGUUGCUGA